AUGUUCUCGAUUCAAACCACAAGUGGAAAGUGCAUCAAAGCACACUCAUAUUUUCAACAGGAAGAUGAAAUUCUUCUUGCUCCUGGCCGAUAUUUUGAAGUGAUCGAUAAAUUAAGCUCGGCUGAUGGUUUACAUAUUAUCCAUAUUCGUGAAAUUUCUCCACCAUAUCAAAUGCUCACCGAUCCAUUUGAUCUUAGUCAAUUAAAAAAAGCGUUGCCACAAUCGAAUCCGGUCUCAACCUUUGGGAAAAGCCAAAAAAUUAAUGAAACAUCAAGUACCGUACUAAAACCAUCAUUGCCAAGUACGGUAGCAAAGCCACCAAAGCCAAGUGCAGCACCACAGCCACCAACACCAAUAGCUUCAAAACCUGGCAAGUUGACAAUUCUUAAAUAUAAAAUGAGAAUUUUUUUACGAGUUAUAUCCUGUAGCAAGACCUAG